AUGUCUUCACCAAAUGUUGCAUCUCCAAUUUACCAUCCACCCGUGCCACAUCAGACACUCUUCUCGUCAUUCCCAGUUAACCUCAACUCAGAGAAUGCAGUGUCACCACCUCCUGAAUAUCAGAAUGCUGCAGCCACUGGUCAGCCUACCUUCACUUCGCCUAAUACCGCGUCGUCACCAGGUCCAGCGGCAGUCGCAUCCUCCGUGUCGUCGCCGGUUCCAGAGUCACCCACUCAUUCCCCUGCGUCGUCGUCAGUUCCGGAGUCACCCACUCAUUCCUCCGCGUCGUCGUCGGUUUCGGAGUCACCCACUCCGGCCUCUGCGUCAUCGCCGGAGCCAGAGUCACCUUCCCAGUCUUCCGUGUCGUGGCCGGUUGAGUCACCCUCCCAGUCUUCCGCUUCGUCGCUGGUUCCAGAGUCGCACCCUUCGCCCUCUACGUCAUCACCGGCGCCGCCGUCACCUCCCCCGUUCUCCACGAUGUUGGCGGCUCCAGCGUCACCUUCUGUGUCUUUCUCGUCAGAAUCCUCCACUGCGUCGUCCUCUUCCUCUAUGUCUGAAUAUAUCCCAACUCCUUCACCGCCCAACAGUGUUCUAGUCUCUUCUGCAAUACCUCGACGUUCCCAGCGUCUUCGAACCAAAAACCCAAAAUAUUAUGGGGAUAAAUUUUUGAACUCCGCCACUGUGCAUCCACUUCCUGCUUCUCUUGAACCUUCUAAUGUUAUGCAAGCCUUAAAAGAUCCUCUAUGGCGUGAUGCCAUGGAUGAUGAAUUUAGCGCAUUAUGUCGAAACUAG